AGUACAGUAGUAGAUACAGACACAGCGCUGUAAAAGGUUGAUCCGUGCGUCCAAUAACGGCACCUCAACGCGUGCGUGGCCAAGGAAGUAAGCAACAUCGUGGUGGCCGCAAAACAACCAACCUCAACCGUAAACACCGCAUUCCAUGGCCAUGCAAUCGGCGAACGAAACCUAUCUCGGGUUGGACCUAAGCACCCAAAAGCUGAAAGCUGUCCUGUUGAACGCAAACCUCGAGAAUGUGGCGCACGCGGAGGUGAAAUUCGACUCGGACCUGCCGGAGUUCCGCACGACGGGCGGUGUCAACGUGGGUACAGCUAAAAAUGAGUUCUACGUGCAACCGGUCAUGUGGAUAAAAGCGCUCGAUAUGGUUUUGGACCGGAUUGUGGUUCAAGGUGCCGAUCUGAGCACCGUAGUUGCCUUAAGCGGGUCCGCUCAACAGCAUGGUUCCCUCUACUGGUCGCGCUCCGGCAUCGAGACCCUGCGCAACCUGGAUGCGGACAAAUUUCUUCACACGCAGCUGGACGAUUCGGCAUUCACCGUGCACCGGACACCGAUCUGGAUGGACGGCACAACCGGUGGGCAGUGCGCGGAAAUGGAGGCAGCCGUCGGUGGCCGCGAUUGCAUGGUCGAAAUCACGGGUUCACGUUGCUACGAGCGUUUCACCGGACCGCAGAUCCGGCGCAUCUUCCAGCACCGGCCAGAUUGCUACCGUAACACCGAACGCAUCUCGCUCGUGAGCAGCUUUUUGGCGUCGAUCUUCCUUGGGGAUGUUGCACCGAUCGACUGCUCGGACGGGUCCGGUAUGAACCUGCUGGACGUGCGGACACGCGACUGGUCGGACGUGUGCUUGAAUGCUUGUGCGCCAGAUCUGCGCGAGAAGCUCGGUCAGCCAGUACCGGCCGGAAGUGUGAUCGGGAGCGUUGGUGCGUUUUUCGUGCAACGGUACAACUUCAACGCCGGAUGCCGCGUGGUGGCGUUCACCGGUGACAACCUAUCCGCGCUGGCUGGUAUGAACAUCGGGCAGGAUUGGCUGGCAUUGUCGUUGGGCACGAGUGACACGGUGAUGAUGCAGCUAUCAGCGCCUUCCAACUUACCGGAAGGGCACGUACUUGUGCAUCCCACCGACAACGGCUUCAUGGGGUUGCUCUGCUUCCGGAACGGUUCGCUCGUACGGGAUAUCUUCAAGCGCGCCGAAGCGAACGACAACUGGGAGAACUUCAGCGAGCUGCUCGACUCCACGCCCCGUGGCAACUUCGGCAACAUGGCGCUGCACUUCCUUUCGAAGGAAAUCCUACCACCGGUCAAGGGAUCCUUGCGCUGGAACCGCACCUCCAGCCUGGAGAGCGUGGAGCAAGCGAAAGGUGUGCUUAAGUUCAGCUCACCCCAAACCGAGAUCCGGGCGCUCGUCGAAGGUCAAAUGUUAACGCGCAAGGCAUACGCAACCGAGAUGGGCUUCAGCUUCGGGGAAAACACAAAGAUCCUUGCAACGGGCGGCGCAUCGGCGAAUCGUUCGAUUCUGCAGGUCGUAUCGGACGUCUUUAAUGCGCCGGUUUACACGCAAAAGACAACCGAGGCGGCCCUUAUUGGGGCUGCCUACCGUGCUAAGUACGCGCUGAGUGUUGCCCGUGCCCGGGAAGGAUCCGGUGAUGGCAAAGGCCAACCGAUCGCACCCGGUGCUUACUACGACUUCAUUGCCGGGUUGUUGCCUCACUCGGUGACGCGCGUUUGUGACCCGAGCAAGGACAGCGAAGCGAUUUAUGGUGCGAUGGUGAUGCGAUACCGCGCGAUGGUGAGCGUUAUGCUCGACCAGCAGGACUAGCGGUGCUGGCCUUGUGCAGGGGCACACUCUAUACAUUCCAUAUUCGGUGAUAAAUCGGGCCCGUGGCCUCACGCGUGCCUUUACGGACAUUGAAUCUUUCGGGAACAAUAUUGCGCCUUGACGGUGCUCUCAUGAAGGCUUCAUCCUGGACGCGGGAGCAUAGAUACUUUAAUAAUUCCAUGAAACGCGAUACGCGAUCGUGAGAGCAAACCAACGCGAGAAGCUCUAAAGCCAAGCGAGUAGUUUUAUAUUUUGUUACAUUUUUUUUUUAUUAUUCUGCAAAAGCCUGUUGUUACCUACGUCUUCUUCGGCAGUAAAAUAAAACACAACGACCAACUAACUCCAUUGUAAAGGUGCGAUAAUUGUCGGCUAUUUGGUUUCUUCCACAGAUAGCAUGUUACUGCGCUACUAAUCCUUGCGACGUCUUCUGACACUGCUGGAGCUGGAGCUAGCAAAGAAAGCUACACCCGGGGCUUACCAACCCUAAGUCCGGGGGAACCUUUAACGAAGCUUGCAACUGACCUAGCGGAGAGGUUGCUGA